GCUCCACGUGACUCCAAUGCUCCCCCCUCUUCCGCGAGACAGAUCUGCCGCUUCCGGUGAGGCUGCGCCCGCUUUGGGAGAAGCCUGGCUGUGGAAUUCAGAGAGGCCAGCAGUGUUUGUGGCUGCAGAGACCAUGGAGGCCACUGCCUUGGAAAGUCUCAUUGAGAUGGGCUUCCCCCAGAACAGAGCAGAGAAGGCCCUAGCGCUGACAGGAAAUCAGGGCAUAGAAUCAGCCAUGGAUUGGCUGAUGGAACAUGAAAAUGAUCCUGACCUCGAUGAGCCGUAUGUACCCUCCCAGAACCACAUACUGAACACAGAAGAAACCCCUGAGGGAACAACGCCUGAGUUGGUGCAAAGUAGUUCAGAACCCAUGUUAAAUGAACUUUCUGAGGAAGACAACCGGCACCCUUUGAGUGAAGAAGAGAAACGGGAGCAGACAAAGAGGAUGAUGGAGCUGAUCUCUCAGAAACAGCGGGAACGUGAGGAACGGGAGAAAAGGGAGAGCAUUGAGCGGGAGAAGCAGCGCCGAAAGCAAGGCCAAGAGCUCUCGCUCAUCCGCCAGAAGCUGCAAGAGGACGAGAUGAAAAAGCUGGCCGAAGAGAGGCGCAAGGAGAAGCUGGAGGAGAAAUUGGCCAAGCAGCGGGUGCGAGAGAAGAUUGAGCGAGACAAAGCUGAAAGAGCCAAGAAGUUUGGCGGUGGCUCCUCGCAAGAAUCUCUCCCAGUGGAGCCUGCAGCUCCCACACCGGUUCCCUCCUCUCCCAGCCAGGAGCCUCCAAUCAAGCGGGAAUACGAUCAGUGCCGGAUACAGGUAAGACUGCUCGAUGGCACAUCCCUCACUCAGACAUUCAGAGCCAAAGAACAGCUGGCUGCUGUCCGACUUUAUGUGGAGCUCAACCGCAAGGACGAUGCCGAGGAGCCUUUUAUCCUCCUCACCAGCUUCCCCCGCCGUGUCUUCACUGAAGAAGACAUGGAGAAACCCCUGCAGGAGUUGGGUUUGGUGCCUUCGGCUGUGUUGAUUGUGGCCAGGAAAGGCAACAGCUGAGCUGCUGCUCCCCUUCUCUCUCAGCACGUCUCAGCUCUCCUUUCCUCUUUUUUUUGUUUUGUUUUGUUAUUUUGCUGCUGAUCUUUCCUUGUGGUCCAUCUCCGGCUGCCUUCCCACAGCCUCCUUGCUUUCCCAACCAGCUCCGGCUGCAGAGACUCUGGAGUAUAUCUCUUGGGCUGGGAUUCAGAAAUCAAUGGUGAUGGAUGGGUGCCAAGGUGGGAUUCUCCGCUGCUGCUGCUGCUUUGUGUGGUGCGGCAGGCCUGAAGUUUGAUCCCCCCCUCCGUGGCCCACCAUGAAAUAAUAAAUCUCUUUCUUCUCUU